AUGGCCACAAGGAGAGUUCUGCGGCGACUGCGCCUCCGAUCCGCCCGCCUCUACAUGGCUCUUUGGCUUUAUUGUGAAUUUCACAUCACUGCUCUUCGCACAACACGAUGGCACUCUCUGGCGUGGUUUCAAUUUGGCAGAUCGUUUGACACGUCGAAGUUUUUUUUUUUUUUUUCUUUUUGAGUAACAUAUUUUAUUUUAGAACUAUUGAAGUUGACUUCCAAUCAGGAAACAACUGCUUGUGGACACUCCAGUGGAUCCCCUGAAGAAGUUUGAGCACAAUCAUUGACUCUAGAGGUAAAACACGUCCCCUAAGAGCGCAGUCUUCACUGGAAAUCCAAGGCAGAAACCAAAGCUGCGAAGCAUCCUCACUGAGAGGGAGACGACAGGCGCAGUCAUGCUGGGCGGUGAGGGAGAAAGCAGCGGGUACUCAUCUGCAAAAGACGCGGCGGACGAGAAGCGCGCCUCUCCCGCCGUGGAUGGAGAUGAGCCGGCGGGCAACAGGUACCCGGAACACGGCAUGCCCUCCGAUCGCUUCUACAUCCCAUCCACGAUUACCAAGCACAGCCCAGAAACAGCGAACCCUUGCUCCUUUAUCCCCUACACCCCCAGCGGGGCCGUGUACCCCUCGUCCGGCGCAGCCAGGUAUUCGUCGACUCUCCACCUGGGAUCCGUGUUGCCAACGGCGGGGUAUUCCUCCUCGGCCGCCGGGCGCAGCCACUUCAGCGCCUCCUAUCAACACGGGCAGAACCUCGGCUGCAUUUACAAUCCAUACACCGCUUCGGGUUCCGUUCUGAGCAGCGUCGCCCUGCCGGGCACCGGGCCCGGGAUGAGGGCCCAGGUUUACCUUUGCAAUAGGCCGCUUUGGGUCAAGUUUCACCGGCACCAGACCGAGAUGAUUAUCACCAAGCAGGGCAGGCGAAUGUUUCCCUUUCUCAGUUUUAACAUCGCUGGUUUGAAUGUGACAGCGCAUUAUAACGUGUUUGUGGAGGUGGUGCUGGCAGAUCCAAACCACUGGAGAUUCCAGGGAGGCAAAUGGGUCACAUGUGGGAAGGCGGACAACAACCAAGGAAACAAAGUCUACAUCCACCCUGAGUCACCUAACACCGGGGCCCACUGGAUGAGACAGGAGAUCUCCUUCAGCAAAUUAAAACUCACCAAUAACAAGGGAACCAACCACAACACGUCGCAGAUGAUUGUGCUCCAAUCGCUUCACAAAUACCAGCCCCGGCUGCACAUUGUGGAAGUGACGGAAGAUGGAGUGGAGGACAACGGUGACGUAAAGACCCAGUGUUUCACUUUUCCAGAAAACCAGUUCAUAGCAGUUACUGCCUACCAGAACACUGAUAUCACACAGUUGAAAAUUGAUCACAAUCCUUUUGCCAAAGGUUUUAGAGAUAACUAUGAUUCAAUGUACACAGCUCCAGAGAAUGACCGCCUCACCCCUUCUCCGACUGACUCUCCCCGUGCCCACCAGAUUGUGCCCGGCACCCGGUACACCAUGCAGCCCCUCUUCCAGGACCAGUUCGUCAACAACCUCCCCCAGAACCGCUUCCACAACUGUGAGAGAGCGGUGCCGCAGACCAGCAGCCUCCUCUCACCUCAGACAGAAGACGGAGCGUCGCAGAGGUGGUUUGUCACCUCUAUGCAGCAGGGGGGGAACAGCAGCGCCUCCAGUAGCAAGCUCGACUUGACGCCGUAUGAGGGGGAGUACUCGAGCUCCCUCCUUCCUUAUGGCAUCAAAUCGCUGUCCAUGCAGACCACCCAUGCUCUCAGCUACUACCCAGACUCUCCUUUCACCACAAUGUCAGCAGGGUGGGGGUCCAGAGCAGGCUACCAAACCUACCAAAGAAAAGUCCCUCCAAGUCUGCCAUGGUCACCCCGGCCCAGCCCUACUGCCGGUUUCCCAGAAGAGUCGGUAAAGGUUAAACCGCAGGUGCAAGAUGAGGUGACUGGUAGUGAAGCUCUGAUCAGCUCCUGGACAGAGACUCAGUCAUCAGCUCUCUCUCCAAGCAAGGCUGACUCAUUUUCCAUCGCAUGCAAGCGAAGGCGUUUGUCUCUUAACGGUCCAAGCUCAGAAGACUCACCUGCAAACGGCAAGUGUGAAGAGUUGGCCGCUGCUACCAUCAGUAGCCCCUACAGUAAAGAGCCCCCACCAACAAAAAGCAUGUCUUACUAUCCUUUUUACACAAACCCCUAAUUUCAUAUUUCUUUUCCUGUCAAACUUUAAAAACAAGGGGCCUCAUUUUGCUUGGUUUUCAUCUGCCACAGUAAUAAGGAGUUAACAUUUUGCUUUUUUUUGUUUGUUUUGUUUUGUUGAUCUUGUUUUGGCUGAAAUAUUUAAUUUCCUUUGUCGUUUAAGUAAAAUGAUCAAGCACAUGUAGGACAAUUUACCAGACUACACGAAUAAGCUUUACCAUCCAGAAAUGAGGUCAUUCAAUCUUUUAGUGGCCUGAAUUGUUCCUGGACUAAAUAUUUUCAAAUGCCCCAACAAAGUUUGUGCAUUUGGAAUUUUGUACUAAAGCAUGUGAUUAAUGUAACCAUUUUCUUAAAAAAAAAAGAGAAGAGAGAAAGAAAUGUACUGCUUAUUUGUUGCAGACAUUACAGCAUCAACCUUUGCAGUCAGAUUAUGUGUUUUCAGAUUAUUUAUUGAAGGUCUGUUUAUAUGAAAUGUGUGCACUGCUAAAAUGUGAGAAUAUUAUGCUAUAUAUUGCUUCAAAAUUCGGAUAUUUGAUAAUAAAAGGCAUUUGUGUUCUGUUGUGCAUUAAACUUGUGUAUAGGAGAGCUGUUUAAAUCCGAGUUUAUUUUCAUGCUCUAUCAAGGGUUAAUGUGCGCAUUUCGCAUUUCUAUUUAAGCGUGAAUGAAGCUCAUAAAUUUACAGGUAUAUGACGCCCCCGAGGCAUCGCGAUUGGUCAUCUGCACUUCACCACACGAAACGGGGUUGAUAGUCUUGUGGACUGCGUCGCACUCUAGUGGCGUAAUUUUGUCAUUACACAGGCCGCCACGUUACAUUUUCAUUCCUAAACCAAAAAUGUCUGCCAUGAUAUUGUGAAUCUCCUCUAAAUUGAAAAAAA